AUGACCAUGUUUAAAAGGAGUGAUGAUCGACGGAUCGGUGGUGAGCGAUAUUGUCCAGCCGAUCGACAUCCCAAAGGACGCUGUCAAAUGCGCUCACCCCCUCGUCAAUGCCGAGUUCUCGGGAGCUUCUCCGCUGAUCGAGGUGAGUUUCUCAUCAUGGUUUCUCACACGAAGAACGUUUCCAUCCAGACUAGCUACGCGCCUUCCACCCAAUGCGGGAGCGCUUGGACCAAGAUCGUCCUCGAGCUCACCGGUUUUUGCAAGGGAUCGUCCAAGGAGCAAAAAAUCGGUGGAGUGUGGCUGGGUGGCGCUCAGAUCCUCCACGCGAGCACCCCUCUCCCGACACCGGAGGGGACAAACUGGACGAUCCAAAGGGACGCCACCAGUUUCGAAUCUCUCUUUCUAUCCAGCUCAAAUCUCUCGCUCAUCUUCUUGGAUGUCACCGCCUCCUCCUCCACGAACUCGUCACUGCCAUCGACGAAAUCUUCCUACAGAAUUAGCGUCACAGCCAACUUCUACUUGUUCAAGGAAUCCACAGCCGAAAUUAUCGAUCAAGCUCGCGGAAGUCGCCGAUUCUUCUCACCCCUGGCAGGAACAUCGGCCGGAAUCCUCCGCCAUGGUGACCCUCCGACCGUCGUCAGUGCUCGCUUGCAGGUCUUCGUUUCCUCGCAUGGUGACGACGAGUUUUGGUACAAGAAGGGAAGCUCCCCGGAGAUGCGAGAGUUGGUGGUCAUUCUCGACGGUGCUGUGGUGGACGCGAUCUGGCCGAGCCCGGUGAUCUACAGCGCUGGGAUCAAUGCAUCCUACUGGGAGUCUGUUGGAUCCAUCGGUGCCUUGAACUCUCCUGGCUACGACGUCAUCUUGGACGCGUUUGCUCCUGUUCUAGCCGAUGGAAAGCCCCAUAAGCUUGGAUUUCGAGUGACCGGAGCCACCAGCAUCUGGGUGCCAGAUUUAGUAUAA